GCGCUAGACCCACGGCUAGCUUCAUUUAUGGAGUUCACGGCCCAAUGCAAUGCGCGCAAAGCCAAAGAAUCGAACCCGGCAUGUCAGGUCCAGAUGAAGCGCCGGACUGACAAUCGGCCGCGAAAGAUCACCGUGACCUUUGUCAACGGAGUGGAAGAAGUUUUCGAUGCCACAUCCAUCCCUGCUCAGACCAUAAGGAACAUGAUUCUCGACAAGGGUCUGCUCCUUGAAACCGAGCAAAUGUUCUGUGAGGCUGGCGGGAAGUAGCAAACUGGGGCGAUUAUUUUAAAGCUAUCAGCCUAGAGCUUCCGCGGUGUUUUUCUGUAUUGAGGUUACAUCGUUCUGUAUGGUUUUGGAAUUUCAUCGAGAAGUAACAUUGGGUGAUUAUUCACUACUUAUCUGUUGUGUUAUUGAGCUUUCAUGGAUGGAAUUGGGUAUGUUUCCCUGAUUCUUUUCCUGGUUGCUUUUAUGAACAUUACAGGAUUAUGUUGGUUGCUUGCCAUUGAUCAUGCUUUAUUCUCUGCUUCCUUGCUCUCGCAUUCAACUUGAAUCACUUUUCUGCAUGAUGAUGAUGAAUGAAUAGAAAAGUCCAAUCUAUUUUAAAGCUAACUGCAGCCAUGAAUUGAAUGAGAAUCAAAACAAAAUUUUGAGAAAUUCCCAUGUCCAUUCUGAUCUCAAAGAUAGAGUCUAAUUUCAAGACAAUUGGGAGAAUAGCUGUUCUGACUUUUUCUUUGAUGGAAAGAUGGAAAAGAAGAACAAUGGUAAGUUGAAUUAUGACUUUCAUAUAAUGGAUUCUAGAGUUGAUUUUUCAGAUUAUCUUGUGCUCCUUUGAAUGUUUUUAUUUUGCACAGAUUUACAGGCAAAGUUUGCUUGAAAACUCGAUGAAAAUUGCUGCUACUACUGCUUUAUGUUAUUAGCCAGUUAGAAUAUAUGUUUUCAUCUCUCUUCGUGGUCUUAUAUUAUUAUUCUCCUUCUCUUUUUCAACCAAGGAAAGCAGAAAAGAAGAAGCAGUGAAGCAUUCUUUCUGAUGUGUUGAUUUGCUCAUUGAUGAAGUCAACGACUUGCAGAGUUUGAACAGUGUAAUGCAACCUUAACUUUUGUUAGAGAUUACACAACUUAUGGAAACACGUCUUCAGAUCUGAAUUUUGCUGCCAGAUUGUACGUUUUCAUUCAUUUACCAAAGUUUUCAGUUUGUUUAUGGUGCAUGUUUGCAAUUAUGCUAUAAGAAUAGUUAAGGCUAUCACAGCAAUAGAUUAUUAUGUUUGUU